GCGGCACGUUUCCUUCCGAAGAACAUUAAAGAUGAUCUGGUUAGAGCGUUCGAGGAUGGAUGGGUGCUGGGGAAUGAAAGUCUGGGCGGCGACAAGAGGAGGGGAAGGAUAAAAAUAGAAGGGCCUCGUGUGGCAUCGUACGUAGCGAAAACAAGAAUAGCGGCUCAAUUUAUGAUUUCAAAAGGACAGGUCAAGGUUUUGCUGGGAACGGAGAUGUAUAAAAUGGUUUUCAAGCUGUGGAUGACCAAAGCGGAAUUCCGAGAAUUAAGAAGGCAGGAGGACGAAAGCGUUUUUUGGGUGAUCGCGUUGCAAAUUCCUCUAGAUGUUAUGCCAUUUAUCUAUGCUCAAAUCGAGAAGGCAAUUGGCAAAAUCGUAUCGGCUCAUCCAACAGAUGCAGAUCCAUUGAGGCCGGCUCUUGUCAACGCGAAGUUCGACCUGGUUCCGGAGUCAAGAGCGAACAUGAAGGAUGUCCUCUGGAUUGAAACUUCGAACGGGGACACUCUAGAAGUCCGCUUAGCCUCCUCGGGUACUCCGAAGUGCAAAAAUUGUAGACAAUUCUUUCACACGGAGGAAGAGUGCAGAAGAGGGCCCAAAUCUCGGAAUCAAGGAACAACAGCGAGAGCGACCACGUCUUUAAGUCAAGCCCAAGGACUUCAGCAUCAGCCAACGGCAAGUUCAAGGAGCGCAGCUCUUCCUCAGGGUAGCUAUCGGGGACCGAUGGGUCCAAGACCAUUGACUCAGAUGCCUCUACCAGGUGGAUUGCAAGGAGGAGCGAUGAGAAGUAAUCCAACGUUUUCUCCAGGACCAGGGGGUGCCGGUCAGAGUGGCCUCAUGGGAGUCCCGACAUCGGGUUCCCUCCAGCAUCUCGGAGGAGGCGGCGGGAGCGCACCUCCGUUUGUGACACCUGGCAGUAAAACAACGCGGGACAGAAGAUUGGCAGCGGCGGCUCGCCCACAAGGAACGGAGAUGCCUCAGUAUCUCCUGCCUCUGCUCUGUACGGCGGUCCGCAACGCUCUUUGGGUGAUCUCGUGGCAGAAGGGACCAGGCCCACUUAACCUCUUUGCACAGGCAGUCUCGGAUCUGCCCUCGCUUGGGACAAUAGAGGAAUGCAUCAGGACGCUGUAUUUGGGUGCAGUCCCAGCACGGGUGAUCUCUGACAUCCCUAUGCCGAGGGUCCUAUUCGGCUUGACAGAUGGCAAGGUGAAAUUUUAUAUUCCGAUUAUCGAUGCGAGAUUAACGGAGGAGAAGGUAUCAGAGUUGGAAGCCUUAGACCUCCGCCUGAUACCGAUGACCCUUUUCGCAGAUUGCAAGAAGCAGGAGUUAAGUCGCCUUGUAAUCUCUCUGCUGAUGAUAACUGCUGAUGCGAUAGCCGAGCUGAAGAUUCGAUCAACAGAAAAAUUUUCCAGAAUUAAAUAAUCAUUCUAGAGUAAAAUUACAUUCUAAAU